AUGGGUGUCCUGGAGGAGCUGAACGGGGGUUCUGCUAAGGCUCCAACAGGGAAAGAGAGGCCGGUGAUUUCCCCAGUCCCAGUAGAGCAGAAGUGGGAGAAUAAAGUUACAGGAGUGGAGCAGGAGACCGGGAUUUACUCGAGUGCUGUUUCAGCACAUGCCUCUAGAGUCAGGGAGCCUCGCCGGACCGGGAGCACCGCAGGGCAGCCGCCUCCUGCCCCGAGAGUCCCCAUGGAGCAGGGCGGUGGGGCGGGCAGCGUGCCCGGCGCUGGGGGGGCUGGUGGCGUGGCCCCCCCUGAAGCAGAGGGUAGCGCAGCCCCGGCAGCCCCCCAGGCUGCUCAGCCCCAAGGGGGGACGGUGCCGGCUGCCACCGAGGCGCAGGAUGGAGGGAAGGAUGAGCCUGGGAAGGGGACGGCUCCGGGUGCUGCGGCGGCUCAGGACGGAGGGCAGGCAGCGUCCCCGGAGGGGAAGGUGCCGGCUGCUGCCAAGGCCCAGGACGGAGGGAAGGGUGAGCCCGGGAAGGAGAAAACUCCAGCUGCAGGAGAGCCCAAAGGAGGGAAGGCAGCGCCCGUGGAGGGGAAGGCUCCGGCUGCUGCCAAGGCUCAGGAUGGAGGGAAGGAUAAGCCCAAGAAGGAGCAAGCCCCUGGGGGGCUAGAGGCUGGGGGUGGUGGGACAGCAAAGCCCACGGAGGAGAAGGCUCCGGCUGCAGCGGAGGCUGAAGGAGGGAAGGCAAAGCCCGUGGAGAAGACAGCCUUGGCUGCAGCACAGGCUCGGGAUGGAGGCAAAGAGGAGCCUGCAAAGGAGAAAACCACGGCUGCUGCCAAGGCUCAGGAUGGAGGGAAGAAAGCUGCAAAAGCAGAGAAAACCCCAGCUGAUAAAAAAACGCCUGCAAAGGAGAAGGUUCCAGCUGCUGCAAAGGCUCAGGAUGGAGACAAUAAAGUGACAAAGGCAGAAAAAGCCCCAGCUGCAAAAAAGGCUCAAGGGGGAGGCAAAGAGGAGCCUGCAAAGGAGAAAGCUGCAGCUCCUGCAAAGGAGAAGGCCCCAGAUGCUGCCAAGGCUCAGGAUGGAGACAAGGCAGCAGCAGCAGCAAAGGCAGAGAAAACCCCAACAAAGGAGAAGGCUCCAGCUACUGUAAAGGCUCAGGAUGGAGAGAGUAAAGUGGCUAAGCCAGAAAAAGCCCCAGCUGCAAAAAAGGCUCAAGGGGGAGGCAAAGAGGAGCCUGCAAAGGAGAAAGCUGCAGCUCCUGUAGAGGAGAAGGCCCCAGAUACUGCCAAGGAGAAAGCUGUAGCUUCUGCAAAGGAGAAGACCCCAGAUGCUGCUAAGGCUCAGGAUGGAGAGAAGGCAGCAGCACAGGCAGAGAAAAUCCCAGCUGCAAAGAAGCCUCAAGACAGGAGCAAAGAGGAGCCUGCAAAGGAGAAAGCCCCGGCUGCUGCGAAGGUGCAGGAUGGAGGGAAGAAAGCCGCAAAGGUGGAAAAAACCACAGUUGCAUCAAAGGCUGAGGAUGGAGGCAAAGAAGAGCCUGCAAAGGAGAAGAUCCCAGCGGCUGCAAAGGAGAAGGCCCCGGCCGCUGUGAGGGCUCAGGAUGGAGGGAAGAAAGCUGGAAAGGUGGAAACCCCCCCAGCUGCAGCAGAGGCUGGGCGUGGGGGUGCGGAGCCCGCAGAGGCAGCGGCUGGGAAGGCUGGGGGUGAAGGGCAGAAAGCGGCAAAGGCGGAGAAGAUGGACCAGCCGAAGGGCUCCGAGCCCCCGCGCCCGGCUCUGCUGCAGAGCCUGAGCUGCCCGGCCGCCUGCCAGAGGGGGGAGCAGCCCUGGGCGGAGGCGAUGGAGAUGAUACCGGAGGAGACCACAGCGGCGGAGCCGAGAGAGGGUCCGGCAGAGCCUGGCCCUGCUCCGCCACCCCCGGGGGACCUGCAGCCCCCCGAGCCCCCCAGCCCCCCACAGGACAGGACAUUGCCCAGUGCCGUGGGGCAGCCUGGCCCCGGGGGGCAACCGUCCUUGGUGGAGGCAGAGCCACCCCCCAGCCCCUACCUCACCGCCGAUUUUGGGAAGGAAGACCCUUUUGAGAUACUGGACGACGUCCCCCCGCCGCCAGCGCCCUUCACGCACCGCAUCGUCACCCUGCGCUCUGCCAACGUCAGCUCCCAGUUCAACCUCAGCUCCAAGGAGAUCCUGGGGGGGGGCAAAUUUGGCGAAGUCCACACGUGCACGGAGAAGCAGACGGGGCUCAAGCUGGCGGCCAAAGUGAUCCGGAAGCAGGGUGCCAAGGACAAGGAGAUGGUGCUGCUGGAGAUCGACGUGAUGAACCAGCUGAACCACCGCAACCUCAUCCAGCUCUACGACGCCAUCGAGACGCCCCGGGAGAUCAUCCUCUUCAUGGAGUUCGUGGAGGGCGGUGAGCUCUUCGAGCGGAUCAUCGAUGACGACUACCACCUGACGGAGGUGGACUGCAUGGUGUUCGUCCGGCAGAUCUGCGAGGGCAUCCGCUUCAUGCACCACAUGCGCGUCCUCCACCUCGACCUCAAGCCUGAGAACAUCCUCUGCGUCGCUGCCACUGGGCACAUGGUGAAGAUCAUCGACUUUGGGCUGGCUCGAAGGUACAACCCCCAGGAGAAGCUGAAGGUGAACUUCGGCACCCCCGAAUUCCUCUCCCCUGAGGUGGUCAACUACGAGCAGGUUUCCUACUCCACGGACAUGUGGAGCAUGGGCGUCAUCACCUACAUGCUGCUCAGCGGCCUCUCCCCCUUCUUGGGUGACAAUGACACCGAGACGCUCAACAACGUCCUGGCUGCCAACUGGUACUUCGACGAGGAGACCUUCGAGAGCGUCUCCGACGAGGCCAAGGACUUCGUCUCAAACCUCAUCAUCAAGGAGAAGAGCGCCCGGAUGAGCGCAGGUCAGUGCCUGCAGCAUCCCUGGCUCAACAACCUGGCAGAAAAAGCCAAGCGCUGCAACCGCCGGCUCAAGUCCCAGGUGCUGCUCAAGAAAUACGUCAUGCGGCGGCGCUGGAAGAAAAACUUCAUCGGGGUGUGCGCCGCCAACCGCUUCAAGAAGAUCACCAGUUCGGGGUCGCUGACGGCACUGGGCGUCUGAGCGGGGGCUCCCGGGGGGAGCCUGAGCCGCGUGUCAGUGGAGGCCAGAGAGGAACCGCUUGCGAGGGUCCCGCGUCAGCCUUGCUUCUGGACGGCAGCAGGACCUCGCUCCGCCGAGCUCAUCCCACCCCGGGCGGCAUCGCUGCGCCGGGGAUGCGCUGCUGGGGAUGCCGGCAGCACCCCCCUCGCCCUCCCCCCCUCCAAGGGCUCCAGCCCCCUCCCUGUUCCCAUCAAGCCAACGCUCCCAGCUGGAUUUCCUCGGCCUGUGAAGCUGCUCCUGAGCGGUGGUCUCCAAUCUCCCCCCUGGCCUGGCCACGCGAUGCCUGACCCGCAACAUCUCCGCUCCGCUCACGCUUCCUUCCCGUGGCCUUGGAGGAAAAAAAGCCGGCCCGGAGUGAGCCCGGUGUGAGCCCGGUGUGAGCCCGGGACACCCUGCACGCUUGCUGCUGCCUCGGACUACCAAGACUUGCUCGCUCUCUGCCUGUAAAUGCUGCAGCCCUGCCUUGCCUCCGCCGGCGCUGGACCCCCGAGCUGCCCGACCCCCCCCUUCCCGGCACCGUGGCUUGGCACGGGGAUGCCGGAGGGCAGGCGUGGACCCUCACCCUGGCGUUUUGGCACCAGAGCUGGGGCCAAAACGCCUCCUCCCUGUCCGGGCGGGCGUGCGGGAGCGGAGCUGGCCCCGAGCUGCUGCUCGCACAGGAAGGGAGGAAGCGGCGAGCACGCUUCCAGCGGCGUCCCCAGCUGGGAGCCAGCGAGGGAAGAAGGAGGCUUUGUGUUCCUCCUGCCCUCCCUGCCCUUCGGCUCUGCCAGCGGGGGGAAAAAACACAACCUCUGCUUCACCCGUCCCCGCCAGAUCACAAUGAGCAAGGCGGCCUAAUGCAGAGCAGCUGGGCCCGCGCUCCCCCGCUCCUGCGAGCAUCCUUCCCGCCCCGACCACCAACACACAGGAACUGCUGGGCGGCAGCUGUGGCCGCCAGCUCCCCCCCCCCGUCCCCCGCCGCAUGUGGGGGGCUCCCCGGGACCGCCCGGGCUUGGGGAGAUGUGCUGCCCCCGGUUCUCCGCCUCGUCCCGAGCCCCCUCCCCUCUGCCUGCGCCCCUCGGGGCUCCCCGGUGCUGCCGAAGGAUGAGCAUCCCCCGGGAUUUGCAGCUUCCAGCCUUGCCCGCUGCAGGAGGGGCCGGGGGGGCUGGCGAGGGAUCCCGGGCUCCCCCCUGCCCCCCCCAGCUUUGGCUUUCGCUGUGGCCGAGCCCCCCCCCCCAAGCCAGGGCUGUGUGUUUGCUCCAGGGUCACCUGUGCCCUCCGCGCCUGCUGCAGAAACCCUGGGGAGGGAUGGGGGGGGGGGAGGCUCUGGCCCCGCCAGAGCUGAAGGGGCUUUGGGCUUGUCCCCACCGGGGAGGGGACAUGGCUCAUGGGACCCUGCCCAAUGCCUGAGUCCUGCCCGGCUCUCGCCUUCUUGUAAAUAAAUGUACAGGUCUGUCUGCA